AUGAAAGUGGUAAACUACGCCGCCUGGAUCCCGUCCCACGGCGCCCAGCUGGAGGUGGCCGACGCACCGUUCCCCGCCGACAUCGCCGACGACGAGGUCGUCAUCAAGAACAAGGCCGUCGCCGUCAACCCGGUCGACUGGAAGAUCCAAUCAGCGCCGGAGCCCAUUUUUGACAUUAAAUAUCCCUACAUCCUCGGCUCUGAUGUCGCAGGCGAGGUCGUUGGGGCCGGCGCAGCCGUGAGGCACCUCAAGAAGGGCGACCGCGUCAUCGGCCACGCCCUGGGCCCUCACGUCCGGCGGCGCCCCGCCGUCACCGUCGCCAGGAUCCCCGAAACCAUCCCUUUCGAGCAGGCCGUCGUGCUGCCGCUCUCGGUCUCGACCGCCGCCGCGGGGCUGUACCUAAAGGACACGCUGGGGCUGCAGGUCCCUUCGCCCCCGAGCAACGGCGCGGGCACAGGGCUAGAGAAGCAGACGAAGAAGAAGGAGACACUACUCCUCUGGGGCGGCUCGUCCUCGGUCGGCAGCUCCGUGGUCCAGCUGGCCGUCGCGUCCGGGUACGACGUCGUGGCGACGGCCUCGCCCGCAAACUACGGCUACGUCAAGUCCCUCGGCGCGACUUACGUCCUCGACUACCACAACCCGGACAUCAUUCCCAUCCUGACCGGGCUGCUGAGGGCCGCAGCCGUCGUGGGCGCGCUGGGCGGGGGCAGGGUGGCCAGCGUCGGGGCCGCGCCUGAGGAUGCUGGGGGCAAGGGUAAGGGUGUGGCGGUCGUGAGGAUCGGGGCGGCGAACCUCGUGGCGAGGGAGCCUGAGGUCGCGCAGGCGAUCUGGGGGGAGUAUGUCCCUGCUGCACUGGAGGCCGGGACCUUGGUGCCACGGCCCAGGGAGCUGGUUGUUGGCCGGGGGCUGUACUUUGUCCAGAGCGGUCUGGAUACCAACAAGGCUGGUGUGAGUGCGGCCAAGGUGGUCAUUACGCUCUAA